AUGGCAGCUCAUCAGAGCUUGAAACAGGAAAAGAUUGCUGUGACGUCAAAUUAUUUGUUGACCACCGCCAUGGAACAUAUCUCCGAAGGCGCCUCUCUGCAUCGCAGCCUUUGGCCCUCCAACUUGCCACCGUUGCCGGAGGGGUUGUGCGAAAGUCCUGAGGGAUCAGUCGACGUCGAUCUCCCAUCCUCCGAAGCCGAGCGAUUGGAAUGUCUACGAGAUCUGGGACGGACGAUGCAAGGAGGAAGUAUCCUGGUCCUGGGCCGCCGGCGCCUUUACCCCGUGCGUGCGGGCGCUGACAGCGCUGGCGCGGCCGUGGGAAAGGUCUGCAGAGCUUUGUGCGAUGCGGCGUUGGAGGCGCUGCAAGAUGCGAUUGCACAGGAAUUGCUGGAGCAAGGUUUUGGUCUUACGGAGCACGGUGUGAGCACGUUGAUAUGUCGCCGUGGCACGCUGGGUGUGAACGUCGUCACUGGUGGUCUGGAUGACGACGACACACCUGACCCGGAGCACAUUCAAAGGCUGAAGGAACGGAAGAUUCACCCGGCAGCCCUGCGGACGCUCGCGGAGGAGUGUGCUGUGAAUCUCUCCGUCAGCCCUGGAAUGCAGUUGGUGGUGGAACGGGGACUUCCACCAGUCCUCUACCAGCCGACCUUCGUCAUUUGUGUAGGUGGGGGCCAAGUCCGCGUCCUCACCUUCGCCUUCGUGGGCGCUCCUGUGACGGGCGACCGACCGGACCGCAAACGUACGCCCUUCUCCAUUCGCUUGGCCACUGACGACCUGGUCCCCUGCCUCCGUCGUCGAAGUGCCAACGGUGCCAACGCGUCGUCCAAGCUGCGCUAUGCGGCGCAUGUGGUGGACCCGGCGGUGCAGACAACGUUGGAUAUGAUUGUCGUACUGGAGGAAGAGCUCUUUGCAGCGAAUGAGGCGGGAGACUGGAAGAAGCUGGCGGCGCUUGAAGGUGUCGUGGACGAUGACGACGUGGCAGAGCUGCCACAGAUGGCCUCUCCGGCCAACGCCAAUCGCGUUCGGAUGGAAAGUGAGAGCUACGCCCCUCCAACCGAAAUCUCUGAGGGAUAUGGUCUUCGAGCGGCGAUAGGGCAAUCUGGGCCCUUGGCUCAUCAACCGGUGGAGUCGAAACAAUAUCCAGGACUCCCGCGUAGGUCGCGACGCUUCAGUUGGCUGCUACCAAGAAUUACUUCAAGAAAGGCCACCGAGCGUUCCUGA